AUGGCCUUAAAGCGGAUCCACAAAGAGUUGACAGAACUUCAAAGAGAUCCGCCGCCGGGCUGUACGGCCGCACCCAAUGGCACCGACUAUUUCCAGUGGUCGGGCAGUAUUGAGGGUCCGCCGGACACUCCCUAUUCGGGGGGUGUGUUCAAAGUUGUGAUCGUAUUUCCGGCCGAUUACCCGUUCAAAGCGCCGCUCAUUUACUUCACCACAAGAAUAUUUCACCCAAACAUCAGCCAAUCGGGUACUAUAUGUUUGGACACAUUGACCUACAACUGGAGCGCCUCACUUAGCAUUGGCAAAGUGCUGAUGUCUAUACAGCAACUGAUGGCCGACCCCAACCCCAGCGACCCCCUCGACGGCACGAGCGCUCGUAUGUUUCGCAAUAACCGGGUUAAGUAUAACAAAACGGCCCGACAAUGGACUCGAGAGUACGCAUACCCACCGCCCGGCUAUGUGUUCACUACUACUCAGACUACUACCAGUGCGGCCAACAAUGAGGACAGUACGGGUAGCGGUGGCUCUACUAGUAGUUGGUAG